UUCUUUAAAAUCAAUGAAAUUACACUACAGCAAUAUUAACAGUACGCCGCCAUGUCGACAGAAGUCACCGCACUCGAACCCGCUACUCUCAUACAGCCCGAGGAAGCUGUAGAGGUUAAAAAAGAACAAACUACAAGUAGUGCUAAAUCUUUUCUAGCGGGUGGGUUCGGUGGAGUUACCUGUGUUCUUGUUGGUCAACCAUUCGAUUUGAUUAAGGUUCGCUUGCAAACAGCACCCGAAGGAGCAUAUACGGGAAUGGUUGAUGCAACAAAACAAAUAAUUGCAAAGGAUGGAUUUCGUGGUUUAUACAGGGGUAUGGGGCCUCCAUUAGUGGGCAUCACACCAAUUUUCGCAAUAAGUUUUUGGUCUUACAACCUCGGUAAAAAAAUCGUCUUGUGGGCGAAUCCCAAUCGUUCUUCUCCAGAUCUUAGCAUUACAGAAUUGAUGGUUGCAGGUGGAAUAUCCGCGGGACCAACCACAUUGAUAAUGUCACCAGUUGAACGAGUUAAAGUUUUAUUACAAAUUCAAGGACAGGGAGGAGAAAAUAAAUACAAGGGCCCAAUUGAUGUUGUAAGACAGCUUUAUAAGGAAGGAGGUCUGAGGAGUAUUUAUCGUGGAGUUGGGGCUACAUUAGCACGGGAUGGACCAGGAUCAGCUGCUUAUUUUGGAGCAUAUGAGCUUACUAAGAGAUUAUUGACACCUGCAAAUGCUACUCCUGAUUCUUUAAAUCCUGCAGCAGUUUUAUUUGCUGGUGGUAUGGCCGGAGUUGCUAUGUGGUCAAUUGCGAUUCCGCCCGAUGUUAUCAAGUCUCGAUUACAAACAGCUCCACCAGGUACCUAUAAAAAUGCUUUUGAUUGUUUACGUAAAACGAUUGCACAAGAUGGUACAAAAGCAUUGUUCAAAGGCAUUGGACCAGCUUUAUUUAGAGCUUUUCCGGCUAAUGCAGCGACGUUUUUGGGUUAUGAAGCUAGCUUAAAGAUUAUGAAUUUACUCUGGUAAAAAAAAAACUAAAUUAAAUAUGCAGCAUUAAUAAACAAGAAACAAUAAAAAAUUCAAUAUAUUCAAUUGUUUACAAACUAUAUUUAUUAUUGUUUUUUUUACAUG